AUGUCAGAAACGUGGGAAUAUUCCUACGUGAAACAUAGGAAAGUCAGAAAUGUGGGUAUAAAUUCGCAUAGGAAAUACAGACCAAUGUAUAACUAUUGUUAUAAAAGUGCCCGUUCUAAAACUUAUUCGAGAAAGAGCGAGGAAAACGUCGAGCGAGCAUACAAGAUAGUUUGGAACAUCGGAAAAUUCUCAGCUGGUGUCAUAAUGUUACCCCUUGUGAAUCUGUCUGUCAGCGAUGGUUCUCUCAACAACGGCCGUGCAUGGGACGCUUGGGUGGAUUACGACGGGGUGGCUAAGAAACUACAGCUAUUUCUUUCCUUUGAAAGGGAUGUUGAUCAUGUGCUUUGGGGUUUAAAACCAGCAACACCCAUCUUGUCGUAUGAUAUAGAUCUCAGUCAGUUUCUUCCUCAGAACAUCAAGAUUGGAUUCUUCGCUUCCACUGUGUUCAAUUCAACGGAGUCUCAUAAGGCUGCCGUGGUAGUGGUAGUGGCAACAAUUGUCGGUUUUGCACUUUUCUUAGCCUGGUGGUGCCAUGGUAGAAGCGAGAUAGUGAAAAGCAGAGAGCUGGACAAACGCUUUGCUCAAGUCCCGCAAAAGUUCACCUAUGCUGUCCUCCGCGCUGCAACCAAAAACUUCAGCUACGACAAAAUGCUUGGGAAAGGAGGCUUCGGACAAGUGUAUGUAGGCAUCUUGCCUACGUCAAAGGAAAUCGUGGCUGUCAAAAGAAUAUCGCAGAGCUCCAGACAAGGGCAAAAGGAGUAUAUUUCAGAACUAAGUAUAAUCUCUAAGUUGAGGCAUCGAAACCUUGUGCAGCUCCACGGAUGGUGCCAUGAAAAGGGCCGCCUGCUUCUUGUCUACGAGUUUCUGCCACAUGGAAGUUUGGACAAGUAUUUAUUUGGGGAGCAAAGGAAGGGUGAUUUAAAUUGGGAGAGAAGGUACAGCAUUACAUGUGACAUAGCCUCUGCUCUUAUGUAUCUCCAUGAAGAUUGGGAUCAGCGUGUUGUGCAUCGAGAUGUCAAGGCAAGCAAUGUAAUGCUGGACAGUGACUUCGUUGCAAAGCUGGGAGAUUUUGGGCUAGCGAGAGUUGUGGAGCGAGAGCGUGAAGCCUGCCACACAACUGUGGUGGCGGGCACAAUGGGGUAUCUUGCACCCGAAUAUGUGAUCACAGGAAAGGCAAGCUUAGAAUCAGACGUUUUCAGCUUUGGGGCUGUGAGUCUAGAAAUUGCCUGCGGAACGAGAGCUCUGGACCGGACCCUGGAUGACCAUAAUGGGAGAUUAGUCGAAUGGGUUUGGGACUUGUAUGGAAAAGGGAAGAUUUUGGACGCCGCAGAUACAAAGUUGGGUGGAAAUUUCAAUGGUGAGGAGAUGAAAAGGGUUUUGUUGGUCGGGUUGUCCUGCUCUCAUCCGGAUACCAAAGCCAGACUGAGCAUAAGACAGGUGAUAGAUAUCCUGAAAAUGAAAGCUCCACUUCCUCCUCUUCCUCCGAGUUAUCCAGAAACAGUGUACACUAGCUCUUAUUGUCCUGUAUUUGCUUUUUCCUCCGCGUUUGGUGGGACAUUUUGCACCGCAGAAAACACCUGGAAUAUUGAGAGAGCAUAA